GUUAUACCUGAAGAGCCCUUUGCAUGUCUUUGGAAAGAGUAGUUAUUUUUGACGCUGGUUCUGACAUUACCCGUGGGGACUCCUGGAGUGUUUCCAGGUUUUGUGGAUGUCAUCGUAUCCUCUCCUCGGUUUUUUCUUUUUUGCUUGUCUGCUUACGUUAGCCUGCGCUUUCCACCAAGACGGAAACAGAGAACGUGUCUCAGAGUACCCAGCACAAGGCUGCCAUUUCCAGACUUGCUGUCUCUGGCCGCUUUUGGAGCACUGUCACGCCCUUAGGGUGAGCAGACGGGCGCUCUCUUUGCAAGUGCUGUGCUGGGAACAGGGAGUCACUGCAUGUCCUCGCGGUGACACGGCGAGGGGUCCUGCACACGCACAGAUUUCUGUCCUGGAGGAAAACAAGUAGUGGUCUGAGUUAGCAGAAGGUCAGCUUCUACAUCUGCUACCAUCAUCCUCAAUGACCUUGGGCAAGUUCUGUAAUCUGCCGUGCCUUGGUUCACCAGCUGCCUAAAAGACAGAGGAAGGAAACAUCCAGCUCCUUGCCUUUGCCUCUCAUAUGUUCGGAGAAGAAGCUGUCUUGUGCAGAGAUCAGCUGUUGCUUCAGGUGGUGAAGGUCUGACUUCAGCAAGCUCUAGGAGCAACUUAAUGUAAAUAAUAGUAGUAACAACACUAACCCUCCGUAUACUUUGUAGCAUGCUUACACAAGCCAACAUCUGUGUGUGUUUAGAUAAGUCGUGAGCAGGAGUAUCUGGGCUGUGCCUGAGCUGCUGUGAUCAGUCACCGUGCAGCGCGGUGUCGCCGCUGGCUUGUGCCGGUGCCAGUAGGUGUGGGUGUGAACGCUGCGCUGCGUACCGCCGUCUCUGGAUUUAGCAUCUGCUGUUGGCACGCACGUCUCCCUUCUUUAUGAAUGAGUGGGUGAGGGACGAGCUGCCUCCCUCACAGCUGCACCGUAAGGAGCACGGGAGCUGAAACACAAUCUCCUGCUGCUGCUGCUGCUGCUGCUGCUCCCGGCGCCUGGCUGGCAGCUGGGAGGAGGGCAGCCCCGGCGGCAGCCCGAGCCACCACCGGGACAGUGCAAGUUUUGCGCUGUUCACGCUGCAGGGAAAGCCUCGAUGUGCAAACUCUCCUCGCAGCAAAUCUAGAUAUUAAUAAAUAAAAAAUUAUGGAAAUUCAACAGCGAGACAAGGAGAAACGGCUGCCCAGAGGCUCACAAGACAGGACAGUGUCAUUCUGAGCGUUACGGGACGUUCUGAGCAGUGCGUUAAUCAGCUCCCUCCGUGACAUUUUCCACAUUAGCAGCCUGGAUUCACACGGGCUCCAGGACGGUGUCACAUCUGACCACUUCUUCUUUCAAGUUUGCUCUACUUAAGAAGCCACACAGCGCAAACAGCUUCUGCAGACUUCAUCAGUGGCUAUUAGCUUUCCCAAGUGGCUAGGAACAAGGACAGACUUCAGAAAGAAAGGAGGGAGGUACAAAGGACUGAUUCUGCCUUCCUUUCCCUCUCUCAGCUGGAGAAUGGCCCCAUUGACAGCAGAAGUUAUUAACAUCCUUCAGCAAGUCAUCACCUCAGUAUAAAGGUUUUGUGGAAGAAAUAAAUGAUACAUGAAACUGAAUGAAAUUAAAUUUUACAUCUCUCCAUUUGGGACCCUGAUGAGUGAUAUACAGUGAGAGAUAGAAGAUGAAUUUCACAGCGAAUACAACUGAGAGGUGCACUAUUAAUCACAAUAUCCACCAGACUUUAUCCCCUGUGGUAUACAUAUUUGUAUUUGUAUUAGGCUUCCCAGCAAACUGCCUCUCACUGUACUACGGAUAUCUACAGAUCAAGGCUAAAAAUGAAUUGGGUAUCUAUCUUUGCAACUUGACUAUAGCAGACCUGUUGUACAUUUUUUCUCUGCCUUUCUGGCUCCAGUAUGUUUUACAGCACGACAACUGGACCUAUGAUGAACUGCUCUGCAAAAUCUGUGGCACUCUUUUGUAUGAGAAUAUUUAUAUCAGUGUGGGCUUCCUCUGCUGCAUCUCCAUUGAUCGCUAUCUAGCGGUAGUGCACCCUUUUCGGUUUCAUCAGUUUCGGACCCUGAAGGCUGCUGCAAUCGUGAGCGCUGUUAUCUGGGCCAAAGAAAUUGUGACGUGUUGGUUUGUCUUCACACAUGGGGAGAUCAGUAUGGAUGCUGACAGCCACGUGGUGUGCUUUGAGCAUUACCCCAUUAAAGACUGGGAGCACAGUGUCAAUUACUACCGCUUCUCUGCUGGCUUCCUUUUCCCCUUCUUUCUGCUGGCCUUCUCAUACUGCGGAAUUUUACGAGUUGUCCACAAGAGUCAUGGCACUCAAAAGAAGAAGAAAAUUCAAAUUAAGCGACUGGUUUCAAGCACUGUUUUCAUUUUUUUAGUUUGCUUUGGACCAUACCACAUCCUACUUGUAGUUCGCAGCUUGUUUGAGAAUGACUGCUCAUUUGCUGAGAAAAUUUUUAAUAUUUACCAUGUUUCUCUCCUGUUGACUACUUUUAACUGUGUUGCUGACCCAGUGUUGUACUGUUUUUCCAGUGAAAGCACUUACCAGAACUUUGCCAAGAUGCGAGACUCUUGUUUAACAUGUUUAGGAUGUCUAAGGACUGAGACUAAGGAAACCUACCAGCUGAACACUCCAGAAACCCUCAACAAGCCACAGGAUGAGCAACAGCCAGCAUUAUUACAAAGAUCACAUGAUACUGCUGAAAUAAAGGAUUCCUCUACAAAUAACUUAGGCAGUCUAUAGUAUUCAUCAAAAAAGGAUACUCAUCCAAAAUCUCCACAUAUGACUGUGUUGUGUAUACAUCUGAUUUAUCCAUGUAUUACAACUAUUUUACCUCCCAAAGGCUUAUUACCUAUGCAAUAUAGUGAGGUAGUUCCUGGAGGUGCUUGGACCUUGACUAUAGAGAAGAAAGUGUAAACUAAGCAUUCAGUUACAAUCAUAUGUCUACUACCAUUAUGGUGCAACUCAAACUGUUGUCUUGCCACUCAACGGUUGUUGAUGACCGCACUGGCUGAAAUAAGCUAGUACUCAUGGUGUGGAUCUGCUGAAACAGUCUUUAACUGCUGUCUGUUUGUGCCCGUAGCAUCUAGAGAAAAAAAAAAUUCUCAAAAAGCUGUCAUUAUCUGUUGAAAAGGUUGGAGACAGAACAAAUAAAAUGUCCCCAUAAGUAUUUUUUAAAAGAAAGAAAUUGCAUUUGUGCAUCUUUUCUGUAACUCUCCAGAAUAAUUCCUCCUCAAGCCUGUUUCCAGUCCUGCAGAGACCUUGCCAGAAGCUGCCUCCUAAAACAACCGAUCAGAUAAUGCGAGAUGUUCUGGAAGAGUGUGCACGAGAAAUUCACCGUCUGCUGAGACCUUCAAUCUGCUGAUUGACGAUUGAAUCUCACAUUGUUGAACCUCAUGAUAAGGCUCCUAUUGACUUCAAGAGGUAUCAGAUUAUCAAGAAAAGGCUCUGAUGGGGAAAAAUAAUUCAGUCCGUGGACUCCGAAAAGAACAGGAGGUACUCAUUUUUUUGAAAUUUGCCAGAAUCUCAAAACUUUGAAACCUCUCCCCUUCUGUCCAGUUUUGAACCUGCUGCUCAGUUUCAACCAAGCUGCUUGUAGGGGACACUGCCAAAAAGACAGGAGUGCCUUUUCUGGUCUUUGAUCUACUACUUUAUUUCCAUUUGCGUGAGAUCCUGCUUUGAUGGAAAUUGCUACUGAAACUGCCUUACCGAUGUCUUUGACAGACAGUCCCAUAGCUUUAAAUACUUUCUCCUUCCUUCACAAUGACAUCUACCAAAGUCCUUUAGCUCCUUGAAAAAAAUAAAUGACCAAAAAAUGUAUAAAGUUAAAAUGUCUAAUGUUCUCUUGUUAAAUGCUUAGGGUUUUUUCCAGGAAAGCUUCUAAACCAUGCAGGCUACAGUAUCUUAAGACGUGAAGCUUGACAUGUAUUUUACAUACUCUUGUAUAUAGUGAAAAUAUAAACACUUGUGGAAGACUUAAAGCAUACCUUGCAUGGUCAAUUAGCAGAGUUUUUAUUAUAAGCUGGCAACCUGCUUUCUGAAUGAGCACUAUAAAGAUCUGUCUCAUAUUUGCUGGUCAUGCAUCAUUGUUCGUAAGCAUAACAAUAACCACUGCUUUUCUAUUAAGGAAAAAGUAUGAACUUGGUGUUAUGGUGUUAAUCUCGAGGUCAUGCUACAACACAGCAAUGAUACAGCUGCUUAGGGAAAUUAUUUGGAUACACUGCAUAAAAAGUGCCAUUUGUCAUUUAUAAAAUUAUAAAUGUACUUCAGCUUAUAUAAUAUGAAUGAUCCUUCUAUAAAUAUAAGCAUCUGAGCUUUCUACAUGCAAAGUGGCAAAUUAGAUCCCUUAUAUCACAGAAGAGAAACUUGAAUUGGAUAAGCCAAACGUCUUCCUUGUUUUUAGUUGUCUCUCAUAAAUGUUUAUGUGGUAGAGAACUCUGAUCUGCUUACAGGGGAAAAAAAGACUUGCUUAAUAUUGUAAUUAUGUCUGAUAAACUAUAUUCUACCGUCAAAUUUUAUUGUUUCCAUUUGUAAGGAGUAUGCACGAUGUACACUAUGCUUCCUCAGCUCUAAAGUGGUGCAAUUCACUCAUAGAUCUCUGUUUAGCAAAUGUGUUGGAGAAGAGCAAAAAAGAUUCAAAUUAAUAGCAAAAAAAACUUGUUAAUUUGCUCUUUAUUCAGGAAAACUCCCUUGUGAAUGACAAAACUAAUAAAGAAUUCUAAAACAAAUGUCA